CCUAUUUCCCUGCGUGUUGGAAUUGUAGUUGUAUAACAUCCGACUAAUAUAAGAAGGUAUAUAAACGGAUAAAUUCUGAGUUCCUUCAGUUAAACGUCCUCAGUUUAAAGUAAAAUGGCAAAAGCGGCAAUGAUUUCAAGAAUCUCGUUAAUAGUCCUAUUUUUGUUAUGUGAAACACUACUUUGUGAUGCAAAUCCUGGAAACAGAGGCAAACCUCAAUGGAUAAAAAAUAAUACCAGUAUUGUGUCGAUUUCCUGUCCAGCUAACGUACAAAGACUGAAGAUACUAGACAUAAUACAUUCUGGAUUGACACCAUCAGCUAAAACUUUGAAGCAGAAAACAACAUCAAGGAUCAAUCUACCUUGGAUGAUGCCAUAUUUAGAUAAAGCUCCUAUGUUGGUAGGAUUUCCUACUUUAGAUACCGAGGGAAACUGUUCUAUCUGCAAUAAGAUCAACUCAUGCUUUACAGCUGACUGUGAGUCCCUAGGAAACCUGAUGAUAUUAAUAAAUAAUCGUAUGUCUUCAAUGUAUUCAAAAGAUAUAGCAAAUAUAACACGUGACUUCUAUUUCAUCAGAAGGCAAAUGAAAUGUGAACCCUUAAGGGUGUUCAAGUAUCAGGAAGAAUGGCAACCAAUUGAUAUAGAGUACAGAAUCGCAAAAGAUCUCGUUGAAUUCACAGAUGCACUUCAAAGCCGAUAUGCUAAUAUUUAUUAAUAUCACAUGAAUGUUAAUUUGUUAUUCGACUAUCAGGAAUUUAAUGUAGUAUCAAACUUUAAAAAAAACAUCAAUGAAUUUUAAGACAAACUUUUUAAAGCGAAAACUUCAAGUUUAUUUCAGUUUCAUACAAAAGGACUAUAUUGAUAGGCUAACUUAUUAGUUUACAAAAUAUGCAUAUCUUUACUUUGAAUUCAUUACAUAAGAACAGUAUAUGGGCUUAUAAAUAGAUUUGCCAAAUAUAUGAUGCAGCUACGACUGUGAUGUUGAUUCCAUCUUUAAUAAAUACUAGCAUCUGA